UGAGAAGGAAGCUGGGCGUUGAAAGAGCGGCGCUGAUUAGCGAAUAUGGAGUCGCCUGGAUGAAAGCCCACUUGUGAUUCGUCGUAAGUAGACCGAAGCCUCUGUGGGGUGGAACUGGCCGGACUGUGAGAUAUGGCUGGCACCGUGCUCGGGGUAGGGGCCGGCGUGUUCAUCUUAGCCCUGCUCUGGGUGUUGGUGCUGCUGCUGUGUGUGCUGCUAUCCAGAGCCUCCGGGCUAGCCAGGUUCUCUGUCGUUUUUAUGUUCCUCGGUGCUCUGAUCAUCACAUCAGUUCUGCUGCUCUUUCCUCGAGCCAGUGAAGUCCCAGCCCCAGAGGUCGAAAUGAAGAUUGUGGAUUCCUUUUUCAUUGGCCGCUAUGUCCUGCUGGCUUUCCUCACUGCUGUCUUCCUUGGAGGCCUCUUUUUGGUUCUCAUUCAUCAUAUCCUAGAGCCAAUCUAUGCCAAACCACUGCGGUCCUACUGAGCACUGUUCGGGAAAACCAAGACCCUGUUCUGUCCUUCACUUUUUAUGUCACUGGUGAGCAGAAAGUUAUUAUUCAGAGCCUUGUUUUGACAGCCUUUAUGCCUUAAGAUCAGAGAAAUAUCCAUUCAUGACUAGGACAAAAUCCCUUGAAUCUUGGCUUCCGGAAAUGGGGUUGCAAAAGUGGCCCUGCAGAGAUGAUUCUCACCAUCUUCAGAGGGAUGUUGCGGUCUUCUUUGCACUUGUUCCUGAGGUUUUCUAUCUGUUUUGAAAGGGAAAUAGUAACAGUGAUCUGCUUCCAGUAGAUUUUCAAUCAAGACAUCAGUAAGUGGAUUUUGGGAAAAGGAGCAAUUUGGAUUCUGCUGUCCAGGAGAUGGAAGAAUCUCAUCCUUUCGAUAAUACACAAGAUUCUUAGUUGCAAGGGUGGGAUCAUUAGGAAAGGAAAGGCACUCCAAGUUCAAAAGUUUAUUUUACUGUGAUGAGUUGGAAGACUUACCCAGGUGUUAGUUGUUGACCAGUGUGUAUAUGGUGCCACAGAAUCUAUACAAGCAAUGGGUGUCCCUUCCCUCUGCUCUAAUAAAGCAAUAAACAACCCAAGGACUCACUUUCACUUCAGACUCGGCCACAGCUUUCCUAGUCUAUAUUCUAUAUUUCAAAUUUGUUUGAAAUUGGAAGGGCAUGGAAGUGUUGGUUUUUGUCUUGCUGCUAUAGAUCUCUGGAUUCUUUCUCUUUCGCAAUUUGGUAGCCUUCGUGUGCCUUAUUUAAUUAUUGUAGAGUCCAUUUUGGGUUAUGAUCAUUUCUUUUUAGUUUUGUAGCCCUUUCUCCAAAGCUGAUGAGGAAUAUACAUUCCCAAGAUUAGAUACAACUUUAUACCUGUCUGAGAUCCCACAUCAACCGAAAUUUAUUAUUAAAUGGAGGGGCUCUGGGCUGGUUCCACUUUAGAAGUCUCCUCCUGACUCCCUAGAACUAAAUGAAGAAGGAUCUUCUGGCUUAAAAUUAAGAACAAGGAAACAAGUUGGAAAGAGACCUUUGGGCGUGUGCUAUAGGCCAGCAGUAGACUAGUUCCCUUGUAAAUCAAUGUCUUUAAAUUUUACAGCAAUAUAUUUAUUAUCAUCCUGUUUUAAAGUAGAAAAAAGUAAGGCUCAAAGAGAUGAACUGACUUGCCCAGGCGUCACAUAACAGCCAGUGUGCACACCCAGGUGUAGCAGACUCCGGGGUCCGUCUCAGACUAGAAAGAAAACCCACUGAGCUUUGUGGAGCUUUGAUUGAGAGCUUGGGCAAGUCAGGGCCAUGUCUCCUUCACUUUCUCUCCCAGAUCCUGUUGUCAGGGUAGAGAUGAUACCCCAGUGGGGGCUAAGCUCUAAAUUAAAAGAGGAGAGAAUGGGUGACUCCGGGGGAGUCAUGGACUGGUGAGGGCCAGGUGUAUUUAUUUCUGCGCUUAAACUG